GCUUUUUAAACGGACGAACACGCAUGAGCUACUCAACACCUGUUUGACAUUAGCGCUCAUGUCAAAGUUAAUCCAUUACCGUGACUAGUACUUCAGUAGUUUGUACCAGUGCAUACUGAAAUCCAAAGUGCUCAGUUCCACCGAGUCCACAUAAAAUUUUUACGCAUAAUAAAGAAUACAGUCCUUAUUAUACCUGAACUUAGUCACGUUCAUCCACGUAUUCAGUAGUAGCUACUAUGCAUGAAUGCUACACUAUCGCUUUCUGAAUGGGCCAAACCACUAACACUUAAAACUUUCUCGCCGAGGUGUGGUAUUUUUCUAAAACCACAGGUUUUUGGUUCCUUUAAACUACUGCACCGUAAAAGCUACUCGGUCUGGAAUUCGUUUUCAUUAAUAAGGAAUACCAACUUUUUUUUGCGCAAUUCAACCCAAAGUAUGUCUGCAGUAUGUGAUGCUCCCAAGUUUCAGACCAAUGUCAUGCCAAAGGUUCAAGAGUUCUACCGCCGACCAUUACCUCGUCAUUGUAUUCCUUUUAGUUCUCCUGAAGGAAAACACAUAUUUCGCGAGGCUUUAUUGUCUGGACAAAUGGAAGCCUACUUCUCAUUGGCUUCCCAAUUUUGCACACAAGAAGAACCUUCUUACUGUGGACUAGCCAGUUUAGUUAUGAUUCUGAAUGCCUUAGGACUAGAUCCUGGACGUGUAUGGAAAGGACCUUGGCGUUGGUAUCACGAGAGUAUGCUAACGUGUUGUCUACCACGGGAUGUACUGACUAAAGGAAUUACCCUAGAUGAUUUUGUUAAAAUUGCUCGUUGUUACGGUUUAGACGUGGACUUACAUCGCGUUUCUCCUGAUACUUCACUGUCUUAUUUUCGAGAUGUGGUGACGAAAAUGACUUCAGGGUCCUCUGAAGGUUAUCUUGUUGUCUGCUAUAGCCGCAGCGCUUUAGGCCAGACGGGUACAGGUCAUUUCGCCCCAGUAGGUGGUUAUCAUCCUGAUAGAGAACUUGUCUUUUUAUUUGAUACAGCUCGUUUCAAAUACCCGCCUCAUUGGGUUUCUCUAACAAAACUUUGGUUUAGCAUGAACCAGGUGGAUCCUGACACACAACUACCCCGAGGUUUUGUUGUCCUUCGGAAGGCCGCAGUUCCAGUUUCCAUAGAACAGCUGGUUAAAGCUCAAAAGGAACUUCGUCUAAGUUUUAGCAAAGAUACAAAUGAUGACCAUGAGGAUAAGUUAGUUAAUGAAUCUGGUUUAUGCUUAUUUGGAAUUUCUGACAGUGCUUACCAAGCUUAUUCGUCUCCAUCUGUCUUACGUGAUCCAAAUUCUACUGGUUACAAGUUGAAAUUAUUGGUAGAUCGAUGGAUUAAUUGGUUAAGAUAUGCUUCAGAAGUUCCCAGUGAACUUUCAACACACUUUUGGUAUGAAAGUUUGACAUUUCUGUUUGAUGAGAUCGACCAAUUAAGACCAACUAGUUUCUUUUUUGUGAUUCAUCCUUUCACGACUUCAAAUGCUCAACUAAACAACACUGAUAAUCAGUUUGUAAACUUUUCUACGCAUGAUACAUUACGUGAUCUUGUUGGAUCAACACUGGGUCAUAUAGUUACUGAUUUCAUGUCAAAAAUGAACAAGGAAUACUUAACGUGGUUGACUUCCGAUGGUACUUUCCGUUUGUCUAUCUCAACUCCAGAUUCUUGGACUAGACCCACUAAUGAUUGCCCUUUCACAGUCUUAUCCGAUCCUGGGCUAAGAUUUUGCUUAUUAACAACCAGUUUCUUAUUGGCUUUUCCUUAUGACAAUUUUAUUUCGAAUAAUUUAUUAUUCGAUAAUUCAGUAUCGUCGUGUUUGUCAUCAUCUAAUUGUGCAUCACGCCUUCAGAUAAUGAAGAAAUUAACAGAAGAUGUAAAACUGUUACCUACAACUCUUACUGAAUUACGUUUGCUACGAAAUACACUGCAGUCUUUAAUGAAUACAAACAGAAAUCUCUGGUGUACAGGUUGUGUAGAGCAAAAGUGACAUGUUAUUUACACUUUUGAUAAACCCUUUUAUCUAGGUAUAUUCUUCUUUUCUAACCAGGAUUCCUGGUGAAUCUAACGUUCAGUUUCUUAUUAGUUAUAUGAUACAUUAUUUUUUCACAAACCAUGUUUUUCCAACUACAUUUAGUGACAUAUAUGACUGUGAAAUGAUGGAUGAGCGUUGCAGCUCAGGUGGAUGCUUUCAUUGUUGCUAUGGACAACAUCAGCGCCUACUCCAUAUGAGACGGCAAUGAAAGCUCCGCAAUUAAGUUCUCUAGCUCAAACAAUACAAAACACCCAAUAACAUAUUAUUUCUUGUCAAUUCCGAAUUCGCCUGUUUAUUUCAGUAAGAUUUAUACCUUUACUAGAUUAAGAAUGGAAAAUUAUUUUCUUUUUUAUAAUAACUAUCGCGUUUAUUGGUUUUCUCGAUUGGUCUGUGUACAAAUUCUAAAUAUGCGUUUAUUGUCUUUGCUCUGGGUCUCUUUAUCAGAAUUGAUUUUCUUUUGUAUAAGAUUCAAUAUGAAUAAAUCUUUUAAUGAACUA